AUGGACGAGGAGAUAAGCCCCGCUGUUCUAGCUGCUAGAGCAAGGCUGCGAGAGAAACUUGGUGCUCAGCAGCUAGGGGGUAAAGGGACAGCAAGAAGAAAAGCAGCAAAGGUACAUAGAGCAGCAGGAGGUGUAGGGGAUGAGAAGAAGCUGCAGCAGACAGCAAAGAAGUUAGGUGCUGCUUCAAUCUUCGGAGUAGAAGAAGUACAUUUGCUGCAGAACAACGGUAGAGCUCUCUUCUUUAAGAAUCCUAAAGUGCAGGCAGCACCAGCAGCAAAUAUGUAUAUUUUAACUGGGACAGCAGAAGAUAGAGAGAAUACACUGGGGAUCCUAUCUGCUCGUGCUGCUGCAGCAAGAGAAGCAGCAGCACUCGCCCCAGAGCUUAUCAAACGACUGCAGCAGCAAACUGCAAAUGAAAACAAAGAUAAGGAUGGAGACAACGAUGAUGAAGUGCCGGACUUGGUUCAAAACUUCGAGGAGGUCUCCAAGGAGUAG